AUGGAACGGUUAGUAGAUGUUGGUGUCGACAUCACUCAACUCCCGAUCCCAACUGGAGGUGAAGAUAACAUAGUUUGGAUGCCAGACUUCAAAGGGGAGUUCAACGUAAGUUCAACAAAGGAUCUGUUUCGUCAGAUAUACCCUAUGUUGGAAGGAGCAUCUCUAAUUUGGAAGAAGGAAGUCCACCCAGUUUUGGCAGCUCAAAACUGGAAAUUCUUACGUCGUGCUUGUGCUACUUAUGACCUGAUCAAAGAACGUUUCAAAAUUCAGACGGGCAACAAGUGCUGCCUUUGUGGGAGUGAUGAAGAAACUCUUGACCAUGUGCUUUUCAACUAUAGUUUUGCUGCACGGGCAUGGAAUUGGAUUGCUGGAAUUUUUAGUUUGCAACCUAAUGUUAACCUUUUGGUUUCUUUUAAGGCAGCAAAAGGAAGGAGUCAGAUGGUUCGUGACUUAUGGCUAAUUGCAAACUUGGUCAUUAAACCAGAGCUGUGGGUGUUGUGGAAUAGGGGUGUUUUUGAUCACAUGAAGCCUAACUGGAACGUGUUCUUCAAAUGA